AGAGAACGGGAGUCGGGCCGCGGCAGCCGCAGAGCGCCAGGGGCAGGAGGAGUGAGCGUAGGAGGCCAUGGCCGCUGUCGCUGCCGGUUGCUGAGGGUCUUGGCCCGCGAGCGCCCGCCGCCGCGGAAGAUGGUGACCGCACGGCUUGGUCCGCUGCCGCCGCCGUUGCCACCCCCUCCCAAGACGCAGCAACCGAGGCCCGGCGCGGAGGAGCCACCUCUGUGAGCCGCGCCUUCCAGAGACGCCGCCGCCGCCGCCCGAAGAGAACCGGAGGGCAGGCGAGAGAGCCGGCAGUGGAGGAGCCCGCCCGCCCGCUGGCAGCGCCACCACGUAGGGAGGGAGGCCGCAGCCCGAGGUCUGCCCCAAGGGAAAAAAAAACGAAACAUGGCUGCAAAGGAGAAACUGGAGGCAAUGUUAAAUGUGGCCCUGAGGGUGCCAAGCAUCAUGCUAUUGGAUGUCCUAUACAGAUGGGAUGUCAGUUCCUUUUUUCAGCAGAUCCAAAGAAGUAGCCUCAGUAAUAACCUUCUUUUCCAAUAUAAGUAUUUGGCUCUUAAUAUGCAUUAUGUGGGCUAUAUCUUAAGUGUUGUGUUACUAACCUUGCCCAGGCAGCAUCUGGUUCAGCUUUAUUUGUAUUUUUUGACUGCUCUGCUCCUCUAUGCUGGACAUCAAAUCUCCAGGGACUAUGUUAGGAGUGAACUGGAGUCUGCCUAUGAAGGACCAAUGUAUUUAGAACCUCUCUCCAUGAAUCGGUUUACCACAGCCUUAAUAGGUCAGUUGGUGGUGUGUACUUUAUGUUCCUGUGUCAUGAAAACGAAGCAGAUUUGGCUCUUCUCAGCUCAUAUGCUUCCUCUGCUAGCAAGACUCUGCCUUGUUCCUCUGGAGACUAUUGUUAUCAUCAACAAAUUUGCUAUGAUUUUUACUGCAUUGGAAGUUCUUUAUUUUCUUGGGUCUAAUCUUUUAGUACCUUAUAACCUUGCUAAGUCUGCAUACAGAGAAUUGGUUCAGGUAGUGGAGGUAUAUGGCCUUCUAGCCUUGGGAAUGUCCCUGUGGAAUCAACUAGUAGUUCCUGUUCUUUUCAUGGUUUUCUGGCUUGUCUUAUUUGCUCUUCAGAUUUACUCCUAUUUCAGUACUCGAGAUCAGCCUGCAUCACGUGAGAGGCUUCUUUUCCUUUUUCUGACAAGUAUUGCUGAAUGUUGCAGCACUCCUUAUUCCCUUUUGGGUUUGGUCUUCACGGUGUCUUUUGUUGCCUUGGGUGUUCUGACACUUUGCAAGUUUUACUUGCAGGGUUAUCGAGCUUUCAUGAAUGAUCCUGCCAUGAAUCGGGGCAUGACAGAAGGAGUUACGCUGUUAAUCCUGGCAGUGCAGACUGGUCUAAUAGAACUACAGGUUGUUCACCGUGCAUUCCUGCUCAGUAUUAUCCUUUUCAUUGUGGUAGCUUCUAUCCUACAGUCCAUGUUGGAGAUUGCAGAUCCUAUUGUUUUGGCACUGGGAGCAUCUAGAGACAAGAGUUUAUGGAAACACUUCCGCGCUGUGAGCCUUUGUUUAUUUUUACUGGUAUUCCCUGCUUAUAUGGCUUAUAUGAUUUGCCAGUUUUUCCACAUGGAUUUUUGGCUUCUUAUCAUUAUCUCCAGCAGCAUCCUCACCUCUCUUCAGGUUCUGGGAACACUUUUUAUUUAUGUCUUAUUUAUGGUUGAGGAAUUUAGAAAAGAGCCCGUGGAAAACAUGGAUGAUGUUAUCUACUAUGUGAACGGCACUUACCGUCUGCUGGAGUUCCUCGUGGCCCUCUGCGUGGUGGCCUAUGGAGUCUCAGAGACCAUCUUUGGAGAAUGGACAGUGAUGGGCUCCAUGAUCAUCUUCAUCCAUUCCUACUAUAAUGUGUGGCUUCGGGCCCAGCUGGGGUGGAAGAGUUUUCUUCUCCGCAGGGAUGCUGUGAACAAGAUCAAAUCAUUACCCAUUGCUACUAAAGAGCAGCUUGAGAAACACAAUGAUAUUUGUGCCAUCUGUUAUCAGGACAUGAAAUCUGCUGUAAUCACGCCUUGCAGUCAUUUCUUCCAUGCAGGAUGUCUUAAGAAAUGGCUGUAUGUUCAGGAGACCUGUCCUCUGUGUCACUGCCACCUUAAAAACUCCUCCCAGCUUCCAGGAUUGGGAACUGAGCCAGUUCCACAACUUAAUGCUGGAGCUGAGCAAAACAUUGUGCUUCAGGAAGGUACUGAACCCCCAGAUCAAGAGCAUCCUAGAGGGACCAGGAUACAAGAAAAUCCUAGUGACAGUAAUGAACACGUUGCCAGAACAUCAGAUAACCAGGAAGGGACUUUUGAUCCCAAGGAACAUCCUCUCAGUGCGAAAGAUGAAGCAUGCCCUCUCGAGGUCAGCCUAGAAGUAAAGAAGCAGGAAUAACACUUUGAUAUUCUGGAGGAGUCAUUAACUCAAGGGGCAGUUCAUGCUCAGAUUUGAGGAGUAUAUGAGAUGAUAGGCAGGAAACUGACAUUCCAAGGAUCUAAUCCAGGAAGUACUCUCAGUGGAGACCACCUGCUUUCAUUCCCUUGACAUUGUGGGAGAAAAUUUGAAAUGUAUGCUAAUGAAAAUGUAUUUAUAUAUUCUGUGCUGAUGUUUUGUUGAGGUUUGCCAAGAAAAUUCAACCUCAACAACUUCAGAAACUGUCCCUGAUUGUAAGGGAUAAAUAAUACCAGAUUUGAGUGUUUGAAAGGGGCUAAGGAAAGGAGGUUAAAGAGCAUGGGAAGGACAGCAUGGGAAGAAGCAGGCAGAAGUGGAACAGACAUUUCACUUUCUUUGGGACAAGAUUAUUCUUGUUACAAAGUAUGAGUAGUUACCGGCCCUGUUCUCCACCUCCCUUUUUCUCAGUUAAUUGGAACUUGGUCAGGAGAUUAUUGAGUUUUGUACAGCACUGAAGUGAAAUCAAAGAUGUAAAAGCCUUGAUUAUAUUCAAAGAUUGAAGCACGCUCAUAUUCCGUAUGUGCUUUUGGGGGAGGGGAGGGUGGGCAUUUGGGCCUAGCGGGUGCAUUCAUGUCAUCUGAGACUCCUGAACUUUAUGAUGGAGUCUUCAAUAUUUUGAUGUAUAUGAAACUUUUGUUAAUAUAUCGUAUACUGUAUUGGCUGUGUGAAGUAAACUAAAACUCUAAUGAACCCUUUGGAGCCCACUAUAGUUUGGGGGCCAAAGUGGGAAGGGCUUUAGGGCACUGAUAAAGGCCGUAGGUGUACUUUUCAAUCCUGUGUAAUGUUUAAUUAUUGCAACUGAAUCAAAACAGUGUUAAAUUAUGGCAAUAUUUGCACUUUGGGAAUGAAUACAUACUUGUAUGAUCACACUCUGCAGUUGCCACUUUUAAAGCUGUUAAUAGAUUUUGCACCUUUUCUUUGACAAGGAUAUGUCAUAUUUAAAUUUUUACAUUCAUCGUGGCUAUAGGUAGAACUGGGGAGGGGGGAAUGUAAUUUUUUAUGGGAAUUUUGAUAUGAAAAGAAACUAGUCAUUUAUUUAUACAAUAGGCUUGCCUCAAAAAGUGUUUUUCAGACUUGGUAUUCCUAAUGUGGGAUGUGACUUAUUUUAUUUUUAGUAGCAAACUUGGAUGUAGACUGACAGACAUAGGCUGAAUGUCUUAAUAAAUUUAAAUUUGAAGAUAA